GGCCGCUCGCCUCCUCGGAGCCGCAGCUCGCCACCGGCCCCCCUGCGGCCAGCCCCCCUGUGCGGCCAGCCCCCCUGCGGCCAGGCCACCAUGCCCUCGGACCGGCCCUUCAAGCAGCGCCGCCCCUUCGCUGAGCGCUGUAAGGAAGUGCAGCAGAUCCGGGAGCAGCACCCCAGCAAGAUCCCGGUGAUCAUUGAGCGCUACAAGGGCGAGAAGCAGCUGCCAGUGCUAGACAAGACCAAGUUCCUGGUCCCCGACCACGUCAACAUGAGCGAGCUGGUGAAAAUCAUCCGCCGCCGGCUCCAGCUGAACCCCACCCAGGCCUUUUUCCUGCUGGUCAACCAGCACAGCAUGGUGAGCGUCUCCACCUCCAUCUCCGAGAUCUACGAGCAGGAGAAGGACGAAGACGGCUUUCUCUACAUGGUCUACGCUAGCCAAGAGACCUUCGGCUACUGAACAGGGAGCCUGGGGCCCCCGUCCUUCCCCCCCCACCAUCUCAGCCUUGGGGGGGGCUGCCACGUGUCCCCUCUCCUCCUCACGUCACCCUCCCCCCGGACCACGAGACCGCCCCGCGCCGCCUCCGGGGCGCCGGCUCUGCCCGCCCGCCGCCACCGCCCCUCCCCUGGAUCCGGCCCGAUGCCAAACCGUCUGUGGUGGGGGCGAGCGGACCCCAGAACGUACCUGCCUGUUCGCGGGGUGUUUCCGUCCAUUUCGGGCACUCCGACUCUUGGUGCUAGGAGGUAGAUGGGGGAGUCUGUGCCCCCGGCCCUCUGGGAGAGGGGUGGGGGGAGGAGAGGGCUGGCAUUUUGCGUCCCCAGCUCUGCCCCUUGGUUUCAGGCAGCUGAGCGGGGCAGGGCCUGCCUCUAUUGUCCGCAGGUGGGGAGCUGCCUCGGGUGGCAUGGGCCUGCUUCUCCACGCCCCCUCGCCCACACCUUCCCCCUGAACCCACCCGCGACGUGUACAUGAACCCUCGAUAAAGCUAUGACAACGAUCCGCGUUAAAGAGAGAUUCCCAUUGCGGCUUAGGGCCAACAAAA